AUGUCCUCCUCUCCGGCUCCGAUUGGCUCCCGUGUAUAUAAGCCUCGUUUCUAUUGGCUCCGUGAAGCCGUGCUCCUUUUGAUUGGCCAGCCGCCCUCCCCGCCUCCGGACCAAUCGGGUGUCGAGCUGCUUCAGAGAGCAGACUUUUCCUUCCUCGGCGGGAGGCGGCGCGUCCUCCUGACCCAGCGCGUGACGAUGAAGGCGGAGGAAGGAGGCGGCGCGGCGGCGGCGAUGGGCACGUGGGCCUCGCUGCGGCGCCUGGCGGAGGAGGAGGCCCCCGCGGGCUUGGCGCGCCUCUUCUCCAUCGGCCGCUCGGGGAAGGGCGGGAGCUGGGGUGCUGCGCCUCAGCGCCGGCUGGGCGCCCAGGAGGAGAAGGAGGAGGAGCCCCCCCGGCGGCCCCAGGUCAGAUGGUGGCCAACAUGCACACGGCGACGAGGCCCUGGGCCGGGCCUGCUGUUGCGCCUGGCCCGAGAGAUGGUGGGCGCGGCGGCCGGGGAGGCCCGGGCGCAGCGCGCCUCCUCACACGCCACCCGACCUCUACCUCCUGCCCAGCCUCAACCCGACGGCUUCGCCCGCGCCAAGGAAGGCGACUCGCGACGGCAACCGGGGGAAGAGGAGGCCCCUGGCGGAGGCAGGGAGAACGCCCGAGGCAGGGACCUCAACCGCUUCCCCGACCAGUUCGGAGCUCCCCGCCCGGACUCUCCGCGUCCCCGAAGUCAGCGCCUCAUCGAGUGGAUGCGCAGGAACAGGUUUGUGCUUUCCGGAAACCUCCACGGAGGCUCCGUCGUGGCAAGCUAUCCCUUCGACGAUUCUGCCACGCACAAGAUCUCCGGCGUCUAUAGUAAGUCUGCGGAUGACGAAGUUUUUAAAUACCUGGCCAAAGCGUACGCGUCGAACCAUCCCAUCAUGAAGACCGGGACUCCAAACUGCCCAGGAGAGGAGGAAGAGACCUUCAAGGAUGGCAUUACCAACGGCGCCCAGUGGUACGACGUACAAGGUGGCAUGCAGGAUUAUAACUAUGUCUGGGCCAACUGCUUCGAGGUCACCUUUGAGCUCUCCUGCUGCAAAUACCCUCCGGCUUCACAGCUUGAACAGGAGUGGGAGAAUAACCAGGAAUCCCUCCUCACCUUCAUCGAAAAAGUUCACAUUGGCAUCAAAGGCUUUGUGAGGGAUUCGGUCACCGGAGCUGGCUUAGAAAACGCAACCAUUGUCGUCGCUGGGAUUGCUCACAAUAUCACCACUGGGUGGUUUGGAGACUAUCACAGGCUGCUGGUGCCUGGGAGCUACAACAUCACAGCUGCUGUCAUGGGUUACAUGCCAGUCACCAUAGCGAACGUUGAAGUGAAGGAAGGGAACGCAACCACAGUGGACUUCUCCUUGCAACCGACAAUAGCAGCGCCAGUCUCUAAACCCACCCACGCCACCCCCGUCGAUGCCACAGACGCCACUAGCAACGCCACAAAUACGACAGAGGCUGAGAGACCAACCUCUCCCCACCAGCUGAUCCAGCCAGAGGAUUUCCGGCACCACCAUUUCCCUGACAUGGGGAUCUUCCUGAGGAAGUACGCCACUGAGUAUCCCAACAUUGCUCGCCUUUACUCUGUGGGCAAGUCAGUGGAGCAGCGGGAGCUGUACGCCAUGGAGAUAUCCGACAACCCAGGCAUCCACAAAGCAGGCGAACCAGAGUUCAAGUAUAUUGGGAAUAUGCAUGGCAACGAAGUGGUUGGCAGGGAGCUGCUUCUCAAUCUCAUCGAGUAUCUCUGCAGAAACUACGGGACUGAUCCCGAAGUCACCGACUUGGUCCAAAAGACCCGGAUCCACAUCAUGCCGUCCAUGAAUCCCGAUGGCUACGAAAAAGCCCAAGAAGGAGACACGUCGGGGAUCGUUGGCAGAAACAACAGCAACAACUACGACCUGAAUCGCAACUUCCCCGAUCAGUUUGUCAACGUCACGGACCCUCUGCAGCCCGAGACGAUCGCUGUCAUGGGCUGGCUGAAGACCUAUCCCUUUGUGUUGUCUGCAAACUUGCAUGGAGGCUCCUUAGUUGUUAACUACCCCUUCGACGAUGACCAACAAGGAGUUGCCACAUACAGCAGAUCGCCUGACGAUUCUGUCUUUCAACAAAUUGCUCUUUCCUAUGCCAAGGAGAACAUACAGAUGUUCCAGGGCCACCCAUGUGAGGAGAUGUAUCCCGAUGAGUACUUUCCCCAUGGCAUUACUAAUGGAGCUCAUUGGUACAAUGUUCCAGGUGGCAUGCAGGACUGGAAUUACCUGAACACCAAUUGCUAUGAAGUGACCAUUGAGCUGGGAUGUGUCAAGUAUCCAAAGGCAAAGGAGUUGCCGAAGUAUUGGGAGCAGAACCGCAGAUCCCUGCUUCAGUUCAUCAAGCAGGUUCACCGUGGUGUCAAAGGGUUUGUGUUGGACGCCACAGAUGGACGGGGCAUCUUUAACGCCACCAUCAAUGUUGCCAGCAUCGAUCACCCGGUCUCUACCUAUAAGAGCGGGGACUACUGGCGUCUCUUGACCCAGGGAACGUACAAAAUUACAGCGUCUGCCCGAGGGUAUAAUUCAGAAACAAAGACGGUGAAAGUUGGAGACAAAUGUGCAGUGCAGGUGAAUUUUACUUUAACACCUAAAGACUCCAAAGUAGAAGAGGGAAAGAUGCCGGAUCUAAACAUGGUUGAGAGCGACGGCACCGUCACAAAGGAGUUUGAAACCUUGAUCAAGGACCUGUCUGCUGAGGACGGCUUGGAGCGCCUCCUGCUGUCUUCCUCGGCCGACGUCCAGCCUUCCCGUUACCGCCUCUACGACGAUCGCUCCAUGUUUCUCCGAGGCCUGAAUUUGAAUUAUCCGCACAUCACGAAUCUCACCAGCUUGGGCCAAAGCCGUGAAUAUCGUUACAUUUCAUCCCUGGAGAUCUCUAACAAACCCAACCAAUCUGAGCCAGAGGAGCCCAAAAUCCGCUUUGUCGCGGGCAUCCAUGGCAAUGCUCCAGUUGGCACUGAACUGCUCUUGGCUCUGGCAGAGUUCCUCUGCAUGAACUACAAAAAGAACCCAGCCAUCACAAAGCUGAUAGACAACACCCGCAUUGUGAUUGUGCCAUCCCUGAAUCCAGACGGGCGUGAGAUCGCUCGGGAAGGAGACUGCACCUCAAAGAUGGGUCUUACCAAUGCCAACGGCAAAGAUUUGGACACGGAUUUCACAAGCAAUUCCUCUGCGGCAAGAGAACCGGAAACCAAGGCCAUCAUGGAGAACUUGAUUCUGAAGGAAGAUUUCAGCCUGUCUGUUGCCUUGGAUGGGGGAUCUCUGCUUGUGACCCACCCUUACGACAAGCCUGUGCAAACAGUGGAGUACAAAGAAACUUUGAGACAUUUGGCAUCUGUGUAUGCCAACAACCAUCCCACAAUGCACUUGGGUCAGCCUGGUUGCCCAAACAAAUCCGAUGAAAACAUACCUGGCGGGGUAUUGCUGGGGGCAGAGUGGCACAGUCACUUGGGCAGCAUGAAGGAUUUCAGUCUUACAUAUGGCCACUGUCCAGAGAUCACAGUCUACACCGGCUGCUGUUACUUUCCAAGCGCGGCACAGCUCCAUACUUUGUGGUCGGAGAACAAGAAAUCACUGCUCAGUAUGCUUGUAGAGGUCCAUAAAGGCGUCUACGGUGUUGUUCAGGACACGCAUGGUCAGCCAGUGUCGAAAGCUCAGAUUGUGCUCAAUGAAGGAGUGAAAGUGUCUACCAAGGAGGGCGGCUAUUUCCAUGUGCUGCUGGCUCCGGGAUACCACAAGAUCCACGCUGUGGCCGAAGGCUAUCGGCAGCAGCAUGUCCAGGUCUUGGUCCGUCACGACACGGCUAGCUUCCUGCACAUACAAUUUCCCAUAGAUAACAAGAUUUUUGGACUUCCAAGGGAGUUGGUGGUUACUGUAGCAGGUGCCACCAUGACCGCCCUGAUCCUCACCGCCUGCAUCAUCUGGUGCGUGUGCUCCAUCAAGUCCAACCGGCACAAGGAUGGCUUCCACCGCUUGCGGCAGCACCAGGACGACUACGAGGACGAGAUCCGCAUGAUGUCCACGGGCUCCAAGAAGUCCCUCUUGAGCCACGAGUUCCAGGACGAGACGGACACCGAGGAGGAGACGCUCUACUCCAGCAAGCACUGACCUGCCGGGGGGCAGGGAGUCCCCCGCGCUGCAGAGACGUUUGGGAGACGGAGCGUGCGCCUCGAGCGAUGGACCCAGGACGCCCGUGACCCCCUUCGUUCCAAACCGCCUUGGACUUGGAUGGCUUUGGGGCUGAGGGCAGAGCUCUCCGAGGAAGGGCAGCAACAACCCAGCGGCUCUCCUACUUGGCAACGUUUGCUUGAACCUUUCUGACACAAUUCACCUCCUGCAAUUGUUGGGAGCAGGGGAAAGAGCACUACAAGUCCCAUUUUUUAAACCUUUCCUCUUGGUCUAAGCUGCUGCGACUGCUGCAGAACAUGGAAGGUUUGAGAAACUCUUUUUUCCCUUCUGCCUGGAGAGCAAAAGGUUGCUUGCAAAGGUGUGAAGGGAGAGCAAUAAUGUUGCUCUCUGCGUUACAGGUCCAACUCUUCCUUCCGCUAAGAAUGUGUUCGGUCAUUUGGGGAGAUGUUGGCUUUAUUGUUAUUUGUGCGUUUCAAUUAGCAAGGCAGAAAUGUUGAGUUGCGAAGAUCUCCUUUUUCUUCUUCCUCCAGUUGAGGCUGAAGUUUAUGGGGGGGAAGUUAUUUGUUUGCUAUAACACUCUUGAAGCUUUGAAACCUCUUCCGUUCCAGUUUGAAAGUGUAGUGUAUCAAGAGACGCACAUCCUAGAGUAACCCAACAAAGCUGGAUACUGAAUCCCCAGUUUGGUGCCAAAGCGGUCCUUUUGCAGUUGGCUUUCUUGGGUUCAUCCGGCUUCUUUGGCUCCGUAGCUAUAACCUUACAACAUUUCAUCCUCCCUAGGGAAAGGAAAACUGUCUACAGCUUUGCAAGUCCGUCAGGCCGCGCGUUUCGGGAAGACGCCUACGCUUACGUUGGGACUACAUCUCCCAUAAUCCUCAGCCGACAUAGCCAUUGGUCACGACAGCUGGGGGAUUCUGAGAGUUGCAGUGCUCCUUCCUUUUCCAGAUCCGUUUCUGUGAUUUCCGGUCCUUUUUUCUUCUCUCGAGAUUAGAUUUCAUGGACGACUCUCUUGUCCUCGGAGUUUCUCCUUUUGAACCGAGUUGGAGCCACUUCUCCUGGGAAGAGAGGCUGCUGUUCCUUUCCUAAACCCAUGAUGUUGGACUCCAUCUCCCAUUGACCCCUGCCUGCUUAGCCUGCGCCUGGGGAUGAUUGGAGUGGCGCUUCAUGGGCCGCAAUGGAGGACUGUGUUAGAUAUAGAUCAGCCUUGGUUCCUUGGACUGACAUUUGAGGAAGAAGGGGCUUAGGAUGGCGGAUAGACGUAUAGAAGACAGAGCUCAGAAACGUUAAGACUGAUCCCGCGGCGGCCUUCUAGCUUGCUUCCAGAACGUAUCCAAUGCUGGCUGAGGGAUUCUGGGAGUUGUAGUCCAAAAAAGCAGCUCAGCGUGGAGGCAGGCCUUGCCUUAGGAUCACAAGCAACUGCACUCUUCCGGUCCCAGUUAUGCAAAGAUGUGUAUAUGUAUAUAUAGAUAUUUUUGAAAUGAAUAAGGCAACAGCCCCCCAUUCUUUGUGCUCCAUCUUAUGCCUCUGAGGCCUGGGCUUUGCCUCUCUGGCCUAAAAAGGGUCUUUGCAGCCGCUGUGUCCUCCUAUUUUCUUCUAUUGCGUCUUGGUCCGCGCGCACUGUGUGCCUUUUCUAAACAUGUACGCUGGACUCUGAGCUGUAUAAAACUUAUUUUAUGAGGUC